AUGUCUGCGCCCGCGACGAACUUGCCCCCGCUGUCUCUUUCUAUCCUCGGAGUCGAGCCGCUCGACGAGUUCAUCCGCGAGGUCGCGGACUUUGUCCACCAUAUGAUCAGCACGAGACCCGAUGUGGGCGGGCAGGUAGAGCUGGAGGCAAAAAUUGGGAUUCUGAGGAAUAAACACUCGGGGCAGAGGGCGCAGUUGCCGGUUCUUGUCGAGACAAUUUUGGAUCCUAAUUUCCCGGAUGUACGAUUUGAGUCCAAUAUGUCUAUAGCAAAACAUAGACACUACAAUGAAUUGCUCAAUAACCUCAUGACAUCGUCUUUACAACCUGGUCAUCCAACCACGCCCCUACAGUACGCCCACCGCUACCUCAUUGAUUCCUUUUACCCCGCGGACAACCCUCGGGAUCGAGAGAAGAUACGGGUGACGCGAGAUGAAAAGAGCGGGGCCGUUCUUGAAUGCAUGAAGAAAAUGAGACUGGGGGAUUUGAACGUGUACAGCCCAAAGCGUGGCGCAGACUGGCGAAUAUCUGUCAGUCUUGAAAUCCCAGUCCCUCCACCGUCGGGCAACCCCACCCAUACCCGAAGAAAAGACAGACUGAGUUAUACUCAUGAAGAAUUUGUGAUAGACCUAACACAGGUCACAUCCACCACCUCUCCAAACGCUCCACCCGAAGUUCUACACGAAUUAGAGCUCGAAGUGGCGCGGCCCGAGCUGUUGCUCGCAACAGCGUCCAAGCGCAACGACCUCAACGUACCGGAACAAGAGCGCUACGCCUUCGACGAGCUCAUCCGCGCAUUCGUCAACGACGCCAGGAUCCUUGUCCGGAACUCGGGGGAGGGCUGGCAUUAGCGAUCCUAUCCGCUCGGACUUCCGUUCUCCCGCGUUCCUCCUCAUAUUGUGUGCUGCCCCUGAUGUAUCACUAGCACUCUGCCUCUCGAUCUUUUGAUAGAAGCCUACGUUACUGCGCGUUCAUAUGUAUACCUGAAAUUAUUCUAUACCCCCUUGGUGAAUGCAAAGAUCGGCCCUUGUCAUGCGCUUCGACAAGAGGG